UGUGACACAUUGUCAGACAGAAAACCGGAAACAAGUCAAUACCAAGUUAAACUUACUUUGGCGAAAACAAAAAUGUUAUGAAUAGUGACCUUUUAUUUUGAAAGUUUGUUCUUUAUUUAUCUAUAAGUUCUUGUUAAAUAAAAAUGAGACUAUAUGUGAUUAGGACUUGUUUAAUUUUAGUUACGAUCACUGCACAAUGUCGAACACAGGAGGACGAGGAUGGCCCAUACCUAGGCAAAUACAUCGGGAAACUGAACACGUAUCACCACCAGGUUUCAGGUGAUGUGUAUGCAGUAGAUGACUGGACAAUUCUAUUAGUCAAAUUUAAUUAUGAUGGCACAGGAGAAGACACAUUUUUCUGGGCUGGCGACUCAGGCCGUCCUGGCCCGCAAGGCUUCAUAAUUCCAGAUGAACAUGGGAAGACCAAUAUAUUGGAGCGGUAUCAUGACACGGAGAUCCGGCUGCCCCUUCCUGAGGGCAAGCGGUUGUCACGUACUAAGUGGUUUGCAGUAUAUGAUAUCGCGAGUCAGAAUGCCUUCGGAGAUGUGUAUGUCCCCGAUGACUUUGAGCCGCCGGCGCCUCGCUCCCUGGCUGCCUUGUCAGGUUCGGGCACACCAGCUGUCUCCAGUCAGCCGGUACAGGUGCUUGACUCCAUCACGAUUCUUAUCCCCGAGCUCAAGUACGACGGAAAUGGCGAGGAUGUGUAUUUCUGGACAGGCAACGGAGCGCAACCGUCUGCCAACGGACAGAUUGUACCUGACGAAUAUGGAUACUUGGAGCCUCUGCGCACAUACCGUGGGGAGGACGUGCGCCUGCGUCUACCGGGUGACCUGACCGUCUCCCGCAUCGACUGGCUCGCUCUGUGGGACCGCUCGCAGCGUCGCGCGCUCGCGUCCGUACUAAUACCGCGCGCACUUAACGUGCCGCCCGCAGCCUCGCGCAUACUCGACUACAGAUCGACGCUACCUAACUGCAAACAACUACAUAGAGAUUACCAAGUAUCAUGGGAGGUGUUUGGUAACCAAAUUACAAUAGAACUCGCCGCUCAGAUGGAGGAGGAUGACUACAUGGCAUUUGGUAUCUCGGGCAACUCGUCGCGGACGGCGAUGCUGGGCGCGGACGUGGCCGUAGCACAGUACUCGCGCAAGCUACAGGCCGGGCUCGUUGCAGAUUAUAACGUCACCGCCGUCGCACCUUGCGUGCAGGUUCUGGGCGCGUGGCGUGGCGUGUGCCGGGAUACAUUACUGGGAGCUCUCGAUUCCAAUCAGGUGUUUGGCGCUGUUCGCGCCGACGGACUCACGCGCGUCACCUACCGCCGAACGCUCAAGCCUGAGGACAGUACAGACCUGGAGUGGGUAACAAAUGGCCCCGCGUAUGUAGUGUGGGCGGUUGGCGCUCUCGACUCAUCUCGUGAACCAUCGUUCCACCGGCUUUACCCGCGCGGUGACGUCGCACUACAUCUAGUGCCCGUGCCAGCACCGACGAAUGACUGCGUGCCCUUCACUGUAGGUUCGCCUGAGGGCGGCGCGGCGUGGGAGGUGGCGGAGCUGUUCGACCCGGCGCUGCGCGUGUUCCAGUUCCGGCUCGGACCGAGCGGCGGCCGGCGCGGGCUCGCCGGACGAGCCGGCCGCCGCGCCGCGCCCGCGCUCGCCUUCUACGUCAACGGACAGCUCGCGCCCGACCUCCAGCUGCGCCGGGGCCUACAGUACACCUUCAAGGUGUACGGCGGCAACGACCCGCAUUCUGCGGACGAGUACCACCCGCUGAUAGUGACAGCGGAGGCCACGGGCGGGUUGGAGCGGCUGUCUGCGGAAGCGCAGCGUGCGACGCGCGUGCUGGCCGGCGUGCACUACCCGCGCCGCGGACGGCUGGCGCCCGCAGCUGCUGGAGGCCUCUGUAUAGGUCGCCGGCCGCCUGCGACGGACGCGCGGCGGGACGACGAUUAUGCGACGUUCCGCGCGUUCAACCGUUCGCUGCAGUGGGACUGCUCCGGCUCGCCCGCAGAACUACACAUCGCACCGAACUCCUCCUGGCCGGACCUCGUCUAUUAUAACUCGUUCACGCAUGCAGGUAUGGGUGGAAGAAUCUUCAUUGUAGAUCGCCAUCGUCGCAACAUCGGUCGUCGCAACAACGCUAUCGUCUUUGUCCCCAGCUCGCUUUUCGUCUUAGCGGCGCUCGGGCUACUCUUAUGGCAGCAGUGAAGCCAAGUCAGGCUUACGAGUGCAGUUGGCGUAGUUCAAAGUUGUAUUGUGCUUCCAAAACAAUACAAUAAUGCUCAAUUACUUGUAAACAGUGCAUCUGACCAUUAAAAGAAAACCAGCGAUGAAAACUUCGCUUAAUUAAACAGUUAAACCGUUUCUUCAUAUGAUAAUAAUAUACUUAGUUAUACAGGUAAGCUACGUAUCUAUAGUAUUUUAUAGUUACUUUCAUAAUACUUUUUGUAUCUUCUAUUUAAAUUGGGGUUUAUUGAACUAUUGACAUAAGUACUUUAGCCACAAAUUGAUUUCCUUUGUAAGCUGUUUCAGUUGUAGAGUGACACUGUCUGACUGAAUUACACGAUGAUUAUCUUGUAAUUCAGUCAGACAUCUUAGACUCGGGAAUAGCAAGUAUCAUGGGUGCCACAUGUUUCUGUAGUACUGUUGAAGUAAAUAGGUGACUGUUACUGCUUUACCAUCAGGUGGGCCGUCAGCUUGUUUGCCAUUACGUAUAUAUUACAUCUUGACAGAACAAUUGAGUAACAACUCUAUCUAAACACUCUUAAGUCUUCCAAUCUUUGCAAUUUCGCAUGUUAUAUACACAUAUAUUUAUUUAUUUCUUUAUCCUUAAAACCAAUAUCUUCUCUCAUUUUACUUUGACGUCUUAAUUAUUAAUACAGCCUGUUACCAGCACUUCACAUAUACUAUGUUGCCUUCAAGCAAUUAUGAUCCUAUAGAUAUGUCACAGUAUUACAAUACGCCCCUUACUAGAAAAUAUUAAGAGAGAGCUUUCAGCGAAAUAACGAAUUAUGAU